CUUGCGGGACAGUGCGAUGUAUGAGAGGACGUAUCAUUUCGUUCCCACUUUAUAUGAGCUGUUUAAUUUACUGUUGCUCCACAUGGCACCUAUACGCUUCCGUAGUUAUUGACCCCAGAGAUCGAAUAUAUAGUAUUUCAAUGAUUUUAAAUAAACCCGUGAUACAGUGGACUGCUAUUCCAAGAUGCGUUUAGCAUUAUCAAUUCAGUGCUGCUGGUUUUUGUUCAUUCAGACGCAUGCGCUUAUUCGCGCAUUGGCCCAUUAACAAUUGUUUUUAAAUGCUCAUUCAACUCUCCCCGACAUAUGCACCCUUAAAUACAGAAGGUACAUGGCGUAAUGUAACGUAACGCCUACUCUAGCGCAAGUUGUAUUUCUAUAGCCGUUGCCCUUAGUACCAACAUGGCGUUUGUAUUCUUCACUUCCCUUCCUUUUCAGGUGUAAGCUUCCGUUUCCUGUUGCUUGUUUCCUCCUGGAGAGGGAAGAUGGCGAAUUACAGGAGACGGGAUUUUGAGCCCAUGUUUUGCUUCAGAUUCCCGGGCAGAGUCAGUGGACUUGGAGGGGCGCUGAUCUUUCUGAGCUGUGUCCUUGCGGAGCCCAGCGCGGCCACCACACACUGGGUAGUGACCGAGGAUGGCAAGAUCCAGCAGCAGGUGGAUUCGCCCCUGAACUUGAAACAUCCCCACGACCUGGUGAUUUUCAUGCGACAAGAGACCAGAGUGAGCUACCUCAAGGAGCUGGAGAAGCAGCUGGUGGCACAGAAGAUCCAUAUUGAGGAUAAUGAGGACCGGGACACAGGAUUGGAGCAGAGGCACUACAAAGAGGACCUGGACUGCAUCAAAGCCAAGGUUCCUCUGGGAGACCUAGACCUCUACGAUGGAACCUACAUCUCACUGGAGAGCAAAGACAUCAGUCCAGAAGACCAUGUGGACCACAAAUCCCCUCUGCCCCUGAACCUGGAGAAACCUAACUGUACCAAGGUACUGGAGCUGCCCUACAGUAUCCACGCCUUCCAGCAUCUGCGGGGUGUACAGGAGAGAGUGAACCUGACCACCCCACUCCUGUCUCAGGAGGACUCCAUCUUCAGCUGCAUGUCCCAGAGGGUGGGGAGGAGUAUGGAGGAGAUGGGCCAUCGCAUCCACGAGGCCCUGCACCUGAACUCCUCCUCUUGGGUGCUGUAUAACAUGGCUGCGUUCUACUGGAGGAUGAAGAACGAGCCGCGGCAGGUGGUGGAGUGUGCCGUGAGGGCGCUGCACUUGUCUCCCAGGCAGCACAAGGACAUUGCUCUUGUCAACAUGGCCAAUGUGCUGCAUCGUGCUCACUUCUCUGCCGACGCUGCCAUCCUGGUCCACACAGCUCUCGACAUCACCUCAGACCUGCUGACCAGCCACUACACACUGGGGAACAUCUAUGCAAUGCUGGGGGAGUAUAACCACUCAGUGCUCUGCUAUGACCACGCACUGCAAGCCAAGCCCGGCUUCGAGCAGGCACUCAAACGAAAGCAUGCUGUCCUGUGCCAGCAGAAACUGGAGCAGAAACUGGAGACACAGCACAGAUCGCUGCAGCGCACUCUCAAUGAGCUCAAGGAGUACCAGAAACAGCACGACCAGUAUCUGCGGCAGCAGGAGGCUCUGGACAAGCACAAGCUGGGCCAGGAGGAGCAGAUCCUGCGCAACAUCAUCCACGAGACUCAGAUGGCCAAGGAGGCCCAGCUAGGAAAUCACCAGCUGUGCCGCCUGGGGAAGCCACAGAGCUCACUGCACUGUCCCUACGACCUGCCAGUGCGCUACCACCGCGGGGACGUCUUCGAGAGUGUGGAGCUCAUCCAGUUCGGGGAGGAUGGCUCCACUGCCAGCAGCACGUCUCUAAUCUCGGAGCUCAGCCUCAACCAGAGCGAGGGCCGGGAGCUCUUCCCUUCUGUAUCUUCACCCCCCUCGCUGGGGACCUUCUGGGGCAAGGAGGCCUCCUCCAAGGACAGCCAGGACAUCCUUUGGCCAAAGAGGUCUGACUGUGCCCAAAUCUUUCCUUCCAUCCCCACACCGGAGGAGCUGCCCACCUACUUCCUCCCACCAGAGAAUCGUGGGCUGGGGGUCCAGGCUCUUCUGUUCCAGGGCCGGCUCCCCGAAGUGCUGCCGCCCCCCACAGACUGCAGCUCUGUGCCGGGCCCCCCCCUGAGGGACAGCUCUGCUUCUCUGGGGUGGGGGCUGGAGGGGAGGGAGCUGCCAGACCAUCAUGCCAGGCUGCUCCUGCUCUCCCGUCUGGACAGGCCGAGUCUCAGUGAGGAGCAGAUCGGGGGACUCAUUACUCAGGGCUUGAACCAGUCUGGCGCCCCCUUGUGGCUUGUCCUAAAUGAGGCUGCUCUCUUCUGGCGAGCGAGUGGCAAUGCCACCUCUGCCCUUUCCUGCCUGCGCAGAGCCCUCAACUCCGCCCCUCAGGAGCACCUUGACAUCCCAUUGGUCAAUGCGGCCAACCUGCUCCUGCACUACGGGCUGUACCAAGAGGCCAGCCAGGUCCUGGAGAGAGCACUUUCCAUCAACAGGAGUGAGCCCCUGACUCUGCUCAGCCUGGGGAAUGUGUGCCUAGCCCAGGGGAAUGUGAGCGGUGCGGUGUCGGUGUUUCGACAGGCCCUGUCUCUGGGGACGCGUUGCCCGGAGUGUGAGAGCAGCCUCCGGCUCAUCCGCUGCCUGCAGUUCUACCCCUUCCUGUACAACCUGAGCAGCUCGCCGGCCUGCAAGCCGAUGCUGGUCCUGGAUGGUAACGGCUCUGGCGGGGAGCUGCAGCAAGACGAGGAGGUGCAGCAGGUGGAGGAGAGCAAGGAGGAGGAGGAGAAGGAAAAGGAAGAGUGGCAGCUGAAGGAGGAUCUGAUUGGAGCCUUCGAGGGGGCUCUGGAUGUGAAGGGGCGCCGUGUGGACCUGCAGGGGAUCAGGGUGCUGAAGAGAGGAGGAGGAGAGGAGGCAGACGCUGGGGGGAGAGCAGGGCCCUGCUUCGGGAACUGCGAGGAUGAUGAUGGAGCCGAGUGGAUCACAUUCCAGGUGAAGCGUAUGAGGAAGCCCAAGACAGACCCUUCUGACCUGCAAGUGGGGAGCCGAGAGAGGGAGGCUGGCUUCCACUCCACCCUGGAGAUUAGCGGACCCCAAAUCCCCUCCCCGGGACCCCCAGGGAGACGCCGGGACUACCUGAGUCUUGGCUGGCCAAGCCCAGACGAGUGCCAGCGCCUCCGCAGAGUGGAGCCCACCACAGUGGCAAGCACCUGGCUGGCAGUGUCUGCAAAGAGCAUUGAUAUCACAGAUCACAUAGACUUUGCCACUCCCCUGCAAGAGCCUGCAGUGGAGCCAAUCUGCAACCCCAACCUACCAGCCACCAUGCACACCCUGGACCAUCUGAAUGGAGUGGCCAACCGUGGAGGCAUCCACUACACAGGAGAGAGCCAGCUCCAAGAGGUGCUCCAGAAUCUGGGCAAAGACAAGUACUCUCCACAGUCCUUCGAGCAGGUGGGGACACGCAUCGCCAAGGUCCUAGAGAAGAACCAGACAUCGUGGGUGCUGUCCAGCAUGGCUGCGCUGUACUGGAGGGUGAAGGGUCAGGGGAAGAAGGCUGUGGACUGUCUGAGGCAGGCUCUGAACCACGCUCCUCACCACAUGAAGGACGUGCCUCUGAUCAGCCUUGCCAAUAUCUUCCACAAUGCCAAGCUGUGGGAUGAUGCCAUUACUGUGGCCAGUAUGGCGGUGGAGAUCGCGCCACACUUUGUGGUGAAUCAUUUCACCCUCGCCAAUGUCUACAUCGCCAUGGAGGAGUUUGAGAAAGCCAUGCAGUGGUAUGAAUCCACUCUGAAGCUGCAGCCCGAGUUUGCCCCUGCCAAGGAUCGCCUGCGGACUAUUCAGUGCCACCUGCUGACCAAGAAGGAGAAGCGCGUCCCGUAGGAGCAGUGCAGGUGUGAGGAGCCUCAGCAUCUCCCCAUCCAACCAAACCUGCUUUUAACUGAGCUGCACUUAAACAAUUGAGACUGUUAAGACGGGGGGGUGUAAUCAAUAAAGUUAGCUUUAAUCGAUUUACAUAAUUUUUUUUUUUUUUUUUUUUUUUUUUUUUUUUUUAUAAAGAUUCAUAUAAUCUGUUAAAUUGAAAUAUAUUAAACACUAAAUACAAUUCUUUCAUUGGACAUCUUAAAUCAGAAUUGUGAAUGUAUUUACUGAAAUAGCUGUCUCUGUCCUCAUAUGGGAAACUUACUGGAUGUUUUCUGGGUAGGCAAUUACUAUAAUGCCAUUUGAUAUGAGAUUUGUAAACCAUUCACACAUUCUGAUUCAUCGAUUUUAUAAAGAACUUCAAGAUUACAAUCCCUGGUUAAGACAGUGUAAUUGUAUUGGAAUAUAACAGUCAAGGGCAGAUGCCUGUAGAAAGUUGGAUGUCUGUCUCCCCACUCUCACCUUUCUUCAGGUGUUUGUGCAUCGAUGAGAAUUAGUAGUUAGUUUGAUCCAAUCUUGAUCCAUUUUAAACUGAUCCAGAACAGCACCACUGUUUUAUUAUUUAUUUAUACUUUUUCUUUCUUCUGAGCAGGACCAGUUAAACGAUUCAUGCGGCAUUAAAAGUGUUCUUUAGGCUCAAAGUUUUGCCCCUCCAUUACCACAUUAGUUCAGACCCACCCUUUUUUACAUGCUUUUAAAUCUACCUAGCCGUUCUUCUCACAAUCCCAUAUAGACUGUUGUAAAGUAAUUGUAGCAUACAGAACUGUUUUGCACCUCCAUUUUGUGGUGUCUGCAAUCAUUGUGAGUGGUUCGGAGUUCUGUUGCAUCUGCCUUAGCUAGGGACUAAACAGCCUUCCUCAGUCCAUUCAAGUCAUGUGAUACUUUUCCACUCUGCCAGGCCCACUAGCUCUCUCUGCCUUUAUAUCUGUGGAGUAGGUGGGCUGGAAGAGUUGAAAGGUCACAUGAUUUGAGGGAAGUAGUUCAGUUCUGGAUUUUCCACCCCAGAUUAGAGAGAAACAAACAAUAGAAUCUGGGACAUGUAAAAAAGUAAUUGAAAUGACAGACUCUGGGCAGCAUAAAAUCGAACACAGAAUUAAUUCAUUGAACAUGUCGGGACAAAUAUUUUGAAUUUUGGUUAAUAUUAUCUUGAAAACAAAAGUAUGUUUGUAUUUGUCAAAAUUGUAAUGUUUAUUGUAAUCCCAUACGGAUAAAAUAAACAAAUCUAAAGUAUUCUUUGU